AUAUUAGUAAAUAAUUAAUUUUCAUGGACCCUCCUAUAUAAAUAAUUAAAAUUCCCUGUAUGAUGGAUGAAGUAAAUAUGUUUAUAACUCUGAAAGAAUCAAGAAAUCCAAGAUCCAAUUCUAAAUAUUUUCAAAGGUCUGAGCGAUAGCAAAACGUAACUGUUAAAUGAUACUGGGUUCAGUUCAACUUUCCCAGUAAGAGUGUUGUUUUCUGACUCUAUAUUGCUUUUGCGAUCCCACUGAACAAUAGCAGCGUAAAACUAGAACAAUAAAGAGCAAGGUGUGUGUUGCAGUUAUAAAGUUACUGUGCUCUUCCAGGUUUCCAGGCUCUGUUCAGGAUAAGGUUACAGUCAAUGUAACACAAUAUAUCCACUAAAAAAGAGAGCUUAAACAGUUUGGUAGUAGACGACAGAAAGCUGUGUAAGAAUGUUUAGCUCAUUUGCUAUAACUAUAGCAAUCAGCCAAAUAUUUGCCUGUAGUGUGUAAGUAUAAGGGCAUUUUGUCAUUGUAACGACUGUAUUUCUGCUUUCUGUUGAAGUGCUGUUUGUAUCAUUUGUGUGUCUAAUGAAAAACCAAUUUUGUGAGCAGAAUGUGAGUUCUGAAAGAAAGGAACAUGUCUUGAAAUAAAAAUCUUGGGAGUAGUACUUAACAUAUGUUUAUCUGUUAUUUAUAUCUCAGUUACCAGAGGGUGUGUAGCAAGGUGUAACCUAGAUCCAAAACCAGCUCAGACUUUAACAAUGUUGACAUGUUUGUUUGUAUAACCGAGGAAAAUUAAUGGGUUCACGGAUCUAAGGAAGUUGGAAAUAUGUGCUGACACAUUUAUAAAAGGAUUUGAAUAUUAACAUUCAGCGGACAUAAUGUGGAAUAUGAUCAAAAUAUGAUGAGUAGGUAUUAUAGAUAAGGACAGUGACUAUUUGAAAACUAGAUGACUAAUACGUUAUUUGAUGUGCUUUACCCUGAAGACAAUACUGAUGAUGAGCAAGAAGAUUUGCCUUAUGAUGGGGAUCUACAAAAUAGAUAUCAAUACAAUUAUGUUUCUCAAAACUUGGAAGAGUUUCCUUCUGUGGAAAAUGCCUCUCAAAGUGCUUUGACCUUGACAUCUUCCCAAAUGAGCUAUUGUUCACAAGAAAAAUCAGAUACCAAAACGCAACUGCCUCAGAAGAAAAUCAGUCUUGAAUCUCUUUCAAGGAAAAAUGACAUUGAAUUUACUAUGACAGCAAGAAAAGAAUUACUAACUUGGGAUGCUAUUAGUUCAGGAAGAAAUCAACACAUCUCUAACUCCAAAAUCUCAAAAGUCCUUUUGCGUCAUUUUCCCAAAGAGGAAUUAGCAAGUUCCUGUAAUUUAAUUGAUUCAGAAACAAUACCGGAAAUAUCAUUUACUGAAAGUUUUGAUGAAACUAUCCAAAAUAAAACUAAGAGUUCAGGAAAUGCGAGAAUAUUUUUGUCAAGGGAAGAAGAAAAUAAUCUUGAACAAAAAAUAACGUGUGAAUCAGUUAAAAAAAGUUUCAUCCAAGUUGAGAAGUUUACAAUAAAGGAUAGCAUUAAUGCCCCUGAUGGGAGAAAAGACCUCAAAGAAAAUAAUUCACAAUUAGUAACCCAGAAAGAAGAUACAAUCAGUGAAGAGUUAGGUGGUACCUCAAUCCCAAAAGAUGAAUAUCAAGAACAAAAAUACUUAAUGGAAAUAAAUGGAUCUUCUCAAAAUAAAAAAUACAGUCAACAUCAGGUUCAUUACCAACUUCCUGAUUUCUCUAAGAUUGCUCCUAAGAUUAAAAUACCCAAAGAAAAAAGUAACAACAAACCAAAUCCCAUAAUUAAAAGAGCUAAAACUUCCCCAAAUUUGCUUGGUAAAUCAGCAGUUGUGAAAGACAUUCUAGAAGCAAUGAAUUCUUUGGAAUCUGUUGCAGCCAAGAAUGAAGAAGAGGAAAUGAGAAUAGCUGAACUUGACCAACAUUUAGAGAUGCUGACCAAACAUGCUGAAGCUCAGAAUCAUAUUGAUCACCUUAGGUUUAAUGCUAAGAAACUUCCAAGCUCAAAUUCUCAUAGAACAAACUUUGAUAUUAAAGGACAAGGCACUGGAAUAAAUUCUGAGCUGUCAACAAUUCCACCUGUAACUGUUCCUGUGAAGCCCAUGCUCAGUUUCUCAGAAUCACCUCUUGCAGACUUGCAGACUGGGGGAAUGGUCUCACCCUUAGCUGAUGCAAGAAAACCAUCACCCAUGAAUCCUUUUUUGUUGCAAAAAGUAACAGAAGAAAGAAAGCUUUCUGAAAUGUUAAAAGAACAGACAGAAGAGAUGAAAGCAAAAGUGGAAACAUUUUCUAAAUGUAUGACAGAAGGUGUAUUGCCAGCAGAGGAACGCCAUCAGCUUUUAAAGCUUUUAAAAGGGCAACUGGACCAACUGGAACAGAAUUACUUAACCACAAAGGAGAAGCAUUGUUCUCUACGACUUCAAAGCUAUAAGUAUUCCUCACCCAGCAUUGUAGAAUUUGAUCCUGACAGGAAAGUAGAAGGAGAAAUAUUUAAGCUUGGAAUGCUGCUCGAAGGUAUCGGAGAGAAUAUUGAUAAGACAUGCAAUCACCAUUCCUCAACAUUUGUAACAUCACCUUCAUUCACAUCUCCCAAAUCUGUAUCUUAUUCUUAUUCAAACUGUUCUGAGAGUCCUGUCGUUUCCAGAAGUAGUCACUCUCCAGAAAAGACUGCUAUGGAAGUAAAUAUUAAAAAUGAGAAAUAUGGAGAGAAUAGAAGUGAUCAUAUGGAGGAGAAGAGAUAUCAGCAACCUAGUCAAGGUAGUGGAGGGCAUCUCUUCCAGCCACAAAAUUUAAGUUACUGGGAAAUGAAAUCUCCACCUUCAGCCAAUCCCUGCAGUACAAACCAUCCUGAAUCUGCUCCAGUUGGUCCCAGCAGAUCAAAAGAACAAGGACGUCCCACUUAUCCCACUUAUCCUUCAAAUCAGUUUCUUGAAGAGUUGGGAAAUUCGUCAAAGGAACAUAAUAUUAUUAUACACCCUAGACUGAAAAUACAGUUAUCAAGUAGACCAACGUGUUCCUGUUCUUCCAAUAGAAAUAAAAAAGAGGACUACAGGAAAACAGACAGAGGAAAAUCAGAUUGUGAACAGUUCUCUAUCUUCUUAGAAGGGAAAGCAGCAGAUUUCAAUUCAUCAGAUAGUGAUUCAGAAGAGAUUUCAUUCUGUAGCCGUCUCAGUUCAAGUACUGAAGAAGAAAGGAUUCAAAAUCAUGGCUCAAUUACAGUGGGUUCAAACAAACCAAACCAAGCUUCUUCACAAAAGGCAGAUACCAGCUUUCAAAGAAUUUAUUAUAAAGAACCAGAACAGUUUAUAGACAGACUUUGGGACAGGCACAAUCUACAUGUUCCACAAACCACCUAUUCAAAGAUGCAGGACACCAUUAUCAUUUCUCCACAGUAUCUGGGUCGUAGGGAUAUGUAUGGAAGGAGAUUAACAAGUCCAGAGAGAAACAGGCACACAAGUGCUGCGGUACUCAGUUCCACUUUGGAUGGCAUUAUCGAGACUGCAAACAGCUUGAAGAGAACUUCAGAACACAUGAUGCAAGUUAUUUCAGAAGAUUUAACCAAGGCCAACAUUCAGACAUCGUCACGUGUCACAAGGAGCCAGCACAGUAUAUGAAUGUGUUAUGAAAACUAUCAAAACAAUGUCUGAACAAACAUUUGCAUUUGUAAAGGAUUAAAAUGGACUAUUUUCUUAUCCUUUCCCAAUGUUCAUUAAAAACUUUACUUUGUCAAAUGUCAAAAGAAAAGCAUUAUACCAAUUCAUAAAUUAUACAGAUGUUAAGUUGAUAAGCAUGUUUCUGCGAAGUUUUUUUUUUUACUGUACCUAGAAUUCAUUUUGGAACCUGGAAUAUAUUUCUAAUGUAAACUAAAUAAGAUAGGCAAUGUGUUAUAUAGUAGGCACUGCUAUAGUUUUGUAGUAAGCAGACUCUUCUCUUUUUGUCCAAAAUGUAAUGCUGUUUUGUAUUAGAAUGUAAAAAUGUUCAGGGUGUAUUUUUACAUGUGCAAUAUUUGAAAAGCUUUUAUCACAUGUACAAAUGCAAUUUUCAUUCAUGUGCAAAGGUAAGAUACAUACUAUAUUUGUUGUGGGGAAAAAACAUAAUUUGUGUAGCAGUAGAGUUCGUGCAAAGAACUCUCAGUACAGUGGAACCUCAACUUAAGAAUGUCCCAACUUAAGAGUGUUCAGAUUUAAGAGCUGUUGCUUGGCCUGGAUUUCGCUUUGACAUAAUAGCAUUUUGAGUUAAGUGCUAGCACCAGAGGAAACACUAGUAUGAGAGUACAGGGCUUUAGAUCUUCAAGGGAGCAGUUUUUGUGCCUUGUACCUCCCACUCUUGUCCACUUUGGGAGAUUUCUGUCCACUUUGAGGAACUUUAGGUUAGUUGAUUUUGAGAGUUUUAUUCCUGGUAUGUUUGGCUUCAUGAUGAGGGAGAGGGAGAGAGAGCAAGAGAAGGAGUGAGGCUGGAAUGAGUACAGUAUGAAGAAAAUGAUGUUUCUUUGAUGUUUUUUGUGCUUCCUUGUCACAACUUUAUGCUUCUACCAUCUUAAAGUUAUUUUUUCUUUUUUAUUGUUCCAUGUGAAUGUGCAUUUAUACAUUAUUUGUUAUUUAUAAUGUACAUUUUCUUAUUUAAAAACACGUAACAAAAAAUUGGGGGAGGGGUGUUUGGGGCCCCAGAAUGGAUUAAUGGCAUUUCAGUGGGAAAACCUGCUUUGAGAUAAGUGCAUUUUGAAUUAAGAGCUCAGCCAUGGAACAAAUUAAACUUUUAAUUCAAGGUAUCACUGUACUUCCCGGUAUAAAUAAGUCUUUCUUUGCUCCAAAAUCUUAGAAAAGCAUAAAGCCUCUAUAGGACUGUAGUUGUAAACACUUUGACAGAAACAUGCUCCUCCCUUCUCUUCAUUCUCCAUCCUUCCAGCAACAAUAAAGGAUGACAGGAAGGAGAAGGGGACUACAUUUGGGAAGGUCUACUGAUGGAGGUAGUUUUACAAGCUAAGGAAGAUCAGUCAAUGAAUUACCCUCCUGCACUGCAUUCUCUUUGAGUUCAAUUUAGCAAAAUCACUAAAAAAAAAGACAGAAAAUUCUUCAAAGUUCUUUAUUGAUGGUAAAAUGUUUAGUACUUUCAUGAUUACCUUUACCCAAAUACCACAGAAAGAUCCAUGCAGUUCCAAACACACAAUCAUUAUUUUUCUCUUCUAUUUUCUCUGGAAGACAUUAACCUUAUAUCUUGUACCUCAUUGCAAGUUUUCUUCAGGGAAUUCUUACAUAUUGUAAUUUAACAUCCUGCAGUUGUGAAAUUGUGCUAUACAUUUUUAUUUACAUUUCUUUGAUACUUAAAUUGAUGGGCCUUUUAUAACAGUACGUUUAGAAAUAAACAUGAUUCCAAGAUAGAAAGUUUGCACAUUAUUACCGAAAAGUCAUUAGCAUAUAUACAGACAUUUUUUUCCAAGUUCUAGCAUACUGCGUUCCUUAGUGAACAUUCUCUACACUGAACACUUCACAGCAAAAUGCCACCUAUAACCACUACAUUAAUAUAAAAACACAAGUUGUUACAUAAUUUCUCCACUUUUACACAUUUUUAUCUCCUCCCCCAACAAAAAGCAGCAGAUUUCAAAUUAUAAAACGAGUCCCAAAUAUAACACUAAUUUAUAAAAUAUGUACACAGGACACAAACCAGGUCACGCUAAAUGCAUAAAUCCCAUUGAUUCCAAUGUAGAAUACAAAGAUAUUUAACAUUUCUCCCCCUGAAAUCAAUGGAACUUAAUAUUAACUUGGGUUUGAUUGUGUCCAUAUUUAUAUUAUGUAUUCUUUAUAUCUUUGUUAAGCUCAACCAAAAACCUUUGAGGAUCAUCGCUUCUAUUCAUUCUUAAAAUACACAGUAUCCUUAGAUUUUGGUACAGUAAGUGCUUUUAUAUCAUCCAGUAGUCGUCUAGGUGUGAUGAUGUGAGUGGAACCUGGUUAAAAAUGUAAUAUAGAAGAAAUUGUGAAAAUAAACACAAGCCAACAGAAUUGAAAAAUAACACAUUUUUUUUGUUUAACAUACAGCACACUGAGACUUUUUAAAAUUUCUGGCCCCUUUAAGAUCAGAACCUUAACAGUAAUAGAAAAUGAACUUGGAUCUAGCAUAGUCUAGUUGGGAAUGUGUGUAGAAAUAUGCUGCAAACAAAGCAAGUGAAUUCAGUGUUCGCCCUUCCGAACUGAAUACAUCUCAAAGGGUAUUGCAAUUGCAGAGAUCACAACUGACUAUGCUGACUAGUUACAGUGAGCAAGUGUCAAUUGUUGUGUGCCUUCAAGUUGACUGUGACUUAAAUAGACCUUAUCAUAGUGUUUUCUUGGCAAGUAUUUGAAGCCUUGCCUAUUUUCAUUCUUUAGCAAGUACAAUGUAAGCUGAUGGCUAUUUUAAAUGUUUCUCAUUUUUAAAAAGGUGUGGUUCUGUCAUUACAGAUCGAUUGGCUCAAUCAAUUGACUCCAUCAACUCCUGAUUUUUCAAGAUCCAUUUAGAACUGUCAAUAAUAGGAACACUUUGAGCUAUCUAAUUUAUAGGAUUGCCAUAAGUCAAUUUCAGCAUGGUAGCAUGUAACAGCAAAAACAAAUUGUGAAUAGUAGAAAAUAAUUCCCUUGCCUCCCAACACCAUUUUGAAAAGGUGCAAUAAAGUACUGUAAAUGGAUAAUAGGGGUUUGUUUGUUUUUUUGUUUUUUAAAGGCAAAGUAUAUCUUCUGUAACUUACAUGUUUUUAAACUCGCAACUAGUUUUGGUCUAAUCUAUUUUCUCCUGCUGUAGCAUUGAUAUUACAAAAACAUGCUGUCUUAUUUGUCCUCAAGAUUCCAUAAUAAACAUACACCUAGAUCCCAAGUCA